UGGCUACUGAAAAUUUGUAGUGGAUAUUGGACAUGAUUAUCUUCAACAGCUUAAUUUUUUUUAAAUGCAUCAUUGAUAAAUAAUCACCAGAUAAAUUGAGAUGGCAGCCUCAAGACUUAGUAUGGAUGAUGUUCAUCAAUUACCUCCCUUUAAUAUGCUGCUUAAAGACGGAACUUCUCCUGGACCUGCUGUGUUGGAUCUCUAUCUGCAUGACCUCGAUUCACAGCUGGAGGAAAAUACCAAGGAGUUGGACAAUUGUCUGAAGUCUAUUUUGAAGUUCACCAAUGAUCUGCCUGGAAGUAAAGAUUUCUCCACACCCAAAGAGGGCCUCGCGCACAUGCUGAACAGUCAUGUGUUGGAGAAAGACUCGUGCUACGACCCUGAGAUUGAGGAUGUCACCGCCAUGCUUUCAUAUCUUUACAAGACACUGGAGCAGUGUCCGGGAAGUGAAGAAGCAGUUCUACAAGAAAUCCUGUCUCUGUCUUCUGACGAGGGCCUGCUACUACCACUGCGUAACUCUGGCAUCGACCCCACCGUCAUGUCGAUGGCAUCGAUCAACAUGGUGGUAGACAGCAGUGACCAGGUCAUAGAACAGAAGUGGAACCGAAUCGCCGAGCAUCUGAAGAAACACUUCGUUUCUCGCCUGUCCCAGCUCCCGCUGACGAAAUCUGACGAUCCUUCUAAUGUCGUGACGAGUCAACGACUCCACUUUCUGCAAAGCCUGCGUGUGAUAGCGACUGAUGAGGACGCCUGGCACUGCUACAGAGGCGUGCGGACUCAGGAGUUGCAGAAACAGCUCAGUGAGAUGGUGGCUGAGACGGAGCAGGUGAACUAUCUGUUGUCGAGACACUGCAGCGCCAUGGCCGAUCUCAUCAGCAGCAUGAUCGACGAGGACUUCCUCGUCCUCAACACGGGCAUGUUCACCAAGGUCACCAACGUCUUCAAGUCGCUGCACGAUCUCUAUCUGGAGAAGUACUCUGACGAGAUGACUCUCUUGGUGGAGGAAAUCUCCGAUGAAAUCGCCGAUGCCAAGAGCAAGUCGUUCUCGCAGUCUCAGAGUGAGCUGGGAAUCAGCGUCAACAGCGCAGUCAGUCUCCUGAAGGGCCAGGCGCAGUCUCUCGACAGCAUGAUUGCCAUUGCUGGUGUCCGUGGCAACAGUCUCCACAGCAACCAAGGGCCCCAGGAGGGUUCGUUGCUGAGCAACAUGGCAAUGCCAAAGGCAUGUGUGGACUCCCUGCUGGAGAUAGUGCUGUCGUUCCUGCACAUUGAAAAUCAUAUUUUCACCUUGUUGAAGAACUCGUCGUGGAAUGUUGCUGGUAUAUCGGGGCAGAAAAAGAAACGCAAAGGCAGUUUGAGAGGUGUUUUGAAACCUAGUUCAAGUCCAGAGUUAGAACGACAUUCGGUGAAUCUUGGCAGCCAAAGCAACAGUGACACAAACAUUAACGUGUCUAGCACCCCGUCACUGGCAUCUCUGAUAGGAAACAUUACACCCACACCAAGAGUUAUUGAAAGGAUGAAAACGGAAGAUCGUUUACACUGGGACUGGAGACUGAUCUUCAAAAAGAUUUCCUCCGACCUGUCACGCAUCGCGGAAGACAUGCUCCACAUGCUCAUGAAGAACGGUCUGCACUGUGAAAUUAUAGAGUGGGAAAAGUCCAAUUCGGUUGAAACGAGACCGGUCGACAAAUUACUGCACGGAGGAAAACUGGAUUAUCCUAAAGUUGUGUCAAAGGCUGUACUUGACUUCUUUGAUGAAGCGACCAGACUGCUGCCUCUGGCUCACGCGGGAAAUGACGGAUGUCUACACUCUGUGAAAAUGGUGUUCGUAGACACUGUCAGCCUGGCCAUUAAAAACUUCAAUAUGCAUUUCACAAAGUUGUCUAAAGACAUCCCGAGUCUCGCCCCUGUCAGCUGUCUGUACGUGUUUCUGUCCAGUGUCGUGUACAUUCGCAACCAUCUGGUGCAUUACGAGAAACUUCUAUUCCAGGAAGAAGGCGGUAAAAGGCCGUUUGCGAUUCUCCACAAGCAGUCUGUGGAACUGAUCGAUGCAUUUACUAAGCAGAUUGUUGAGCUGCACAAACAACUCGUGUCCACCAGUGUGCUACAUGAUGCAGAGGGAAAUAACUGGGCAGACCCCAAGGAUUUCUAUGAGGACGAGAGAUGUUCGUUCACCAUUCAGAUGUGGAACUAUCACUUGAGGUCACUGCAGUUUGACCUGUGGUCAGUUUGUCCUCCACGCCUUGCUCAAAGUAUUUUCAGCUCUGUUCUCCAUGAUUCCCUACUGGUCAUCACACAGCGGUACGUGCGAGUCAAACCAAGUUACAGACGAGUCAAACAGUUCAGGUAUGACUUGACGACUGUUCUUCUGUCGACUGAAGAGUUUCUGUUUGACGCCUGUGACUCCAUCAGUAAACUUCUCGACCCCGGCCACUCGGAUUUGCCACAUUACAGCAUUCACAACCUGUGUUCAACUCUCUUUUCUUGUCUGGCAGUCGUGUCUUCUCCCAUUGAUGUACUCUGUAGAGUAUUCAAGCGAGGAUAUGGCCGCAGGCGGGAAAGUGACGAUCACUUCUCCCUUCAUCUUGAGACGUCCUACCACGGCUCUAACACACAGUGGCUCUGCUGGAUCAGACCCGCUCUCUUCCAGCUAACUCAGAAACACUACGAGGACAUGCAGACGACAGUUGCCCUGUACCUGCAGAUCAGACUGCUGUUCAGGCAGCCGGAGACUGACUGGGGGAAACUGAUGCAGGCCCUGAUAAUGAAAGAAUACACACUUCCCAUUCUGCUCCUGACUCGCAGUAUGGAUGUUAUUCACCAGAUGAAUGAUAUUUCUAACCAAUCAGAAGCAGUGAUACACAAAUCUAGUCGCUCGGGCAGCCAAUCAGGUGCGGUGGUUAAGAAGGUUGUACCGCCGGUUGAUAAACACCGGAGAGAGACUGCCGUUGAAGUGUGCUCUGUCCUUGUGCGAAUCUUGAAGCAGUGUCGGCAGUUCCCAGACGCUCUAGCAAAGACGCUGAUGCCAGUAAUAAGGACAGAAGAAUUGGACCUAUUGGAUUUGAAGAGUGGAGCUGCUCCAGAUGUCCAGCCACCACUCUGGAUAGAGUUAAUAUUUAAAAUUUUGGAGCCUUCCAUUCAAAGUAUUCUGGAACCGGUGUUGGAGUAUCUGAUUGGUUUGCCAACAGCAACGGCCGAACUUGAUCCCCUUAUUACCAAGAUCCAUGAGUUGCCGUGUGGUUGCCCACCAGGACUGAAGCAGAUCGUUAACCUGCGGAAGCCCGUAGCGUUGAAGGUAGUCAUAACGACGGCUCUGCAGAUGGUUAUCACCCAGUUCAGUAACGCUGUGCUGUGUCUGUCGACUCCAGUGUGUGUUCUCUUCAGCAUGCUACAGGACCGGUGUACAGAAGAAAGCGUCACUACGGCUCACGACAGUGUCGGUUUACAGCUUCUGGCUUGGUUGUUGAAGCUGAAGUUGCAGGACUUGACCUACAUCCAGAAGAUGGUUCGACUAGAACUCCACGCGGACGUACAGCAGCAGCUGUCACUGCUCGCCGACUGCGUGUAUCACGUCGUCGUACACGGGAAAGGUAGGGGAGUGAGCACCCCCCGUCUGGCUGGCAAGUUUGUUAAGAUGCACAAAGAGUGGCUGACUGAGAGAGUCGACACCAUAACAACGCACCUAGCCCGCUAUUUGCCAAACACUGAUGUUUUAGAGGGAGCAACUUCGUCUUUUAGCGACAAAGUAUUUAUUGCUUUGGCCAGCAGUGUCAUGGAUACAGAAUCAGGAUACCAAGACCUGCUCACUGUUUAUCGCCUGGUGUUCAAUAAUUGGAAAUGGCUCGAGGAACAGCUGGACAUCUCCCCCGCUCUGAGUCAUGGCAGUCAGCCCAAACGGUCGCAGUUUUCUCUCGAUAUCUCACAACGAGAGGAACCAGACUUUAACCCAGUAACAGAAUUUAACAAGAUUGGAGACAACUUUCUUGAUCAGAAUUUUAUUAUGAGUUUUCCAUUCAACUGGAGUCAGAUCCUUCAAAGCGAUCUCGGCCUGAGUGAGUUUGGUUUCAAGACUCUGCUGUACAACCGUCAUGAGAUGCAGGAUGGAGCCUAUCUAGAGGACUCGGAAAAGAGACCCGUGGAAAUUCUCAAGUCCGUCUUCGAACACGAAGCAUUGGAGCUCAGUUAAAAAAACAUAAUGGAAUUAUAAAGUCUGACAUGUUCCUUAGUAUUAUUUCUGUAAUUUACAAAGAUAUGAUUCAUUGAAGUGUUUUGGUUGUAUAAAAUCUGUUUGAAUGCGAAACAUCAGAGAUAAACUAGAGAAUCGGACGGAUCAUAAAAAAAUCAAGCAUAUCUAUUAGUACAUGUAUUAUUUCUGUCACUUAGAAAUAUAAAGUUCAUUGAAUACAUUUGUUAUGUAAAUUAAUGUCAGUUUUCAAACAUGAAGCAUCAUAGUUAAGCUUCAGUUAUAUUUAUUUAUUUUAACACAUUAACUAAACUUUGUACUGUAGAGGUCAGGUAAUGUAUUUGUACAUGUAUUGUUAAAAAAGGGAAGCUCCAAAAGUGUGUGUGUGUGAGAGAAAAAGCAUGCAUGGGUGUUUAGUGAUUGUACAAAAUAUGAAAUGAGUAUGUUUUGCUUCCUAUUCACAAUAAUCAGCCACGGGUUCUAAAAACAUAAUUAAAACUGUGUAGUCUGUCUGUCAAAAGAGAACCAAUGAAUAUAACUGUAUAAUGAAUAAGGCUAAAACCAAAAUAAAAACAUUUGACACAUAUAUUAAACUUUUACAACCUUACCAACUGAUAACAUUUUAUUUACAAAAAAAAUCAGUGUAAAUAAAAAACAACAACAUACCAUCAAAUUCUACAUAUUAAAUAUAAUUUUCUUAACCCUGAUUAAGGCCAAAUGCUGGAACAACCAAAGUAGUCGGAUUCACCUUAAUAAUUGAUAAUAAUAUGCACUACACAGACAAUCUGCAGAAUCGUAUGUACAAUUGCCUUACCUUUGUUGUUCCAUCAGUUACUGUCAUCCCAGUAUAAAUAAGUAGAGUUAAUCUGUUCAAUUUGGUGGUAAUUUGUUAAGAAACAUUUUUAUUGGCAUUGAAACAUUUUGUAACAAAUAUAAUACGAGUUCAGUUGAAAUUUGUUCAAAAGAUACUGGUCUGAAUUUACGAAGCCUGUUUUUCGUAAAUGCAUGUGUUUAAGCAUCGUAAAUAUAUGUAGUUACACGCGUAUAAGAUAUAAACAGGAUCUGUAAAUUUGCCCCAGUAUGUUUUUAUAUGCAUUUUAACCAUUCAUUAGACAGUUAAUGCCAGUUCAUUGGUUCACUUUUGACGCAAACAGGCUAUAGAAUUCCUCCUGAUGUGCCAUAUUAAUAUGUCCAAUUCUGUCAUUGUCAAAUAUGAAUAUGUGAAUAUUUAAAUGUUCUUACAAACUUUGUUUUUGAGGGUUUUUUAUUGACGUUUCUUAGCCAGACAUCUGACCUAAUUACGGAGAGAUGCUGGUAUGACUAAAAAUGGAAAAUAUUUGGAAUUUAUCUCAUUCUAAUUGCCUUGAUUUCUAGAAACAUCCCAUGCAUCUUUGUUUACACGAUAUUGUGUGUAUAUUACUAUAAUUCAGAAGUUAGAUCUUUACUGCAUUAUGUUUAUUAACACUGUUGUUAAGGCUAUUUGCUUAUUUAUUUAACUUAUUUAGUUAUUGGGAAUCAGUUUAUUUGAGAUUGAUGAUAUUAUAGAUUUGAUGCUAUAACUAGUUUUUUAUUUUGAGAGGAUGAUAAAUCAUGUUGAUUGCGAUGAUGCUAUGACGAAUGAUUCAGUGGUUGUACAAGUGAUACACUUGUAUGUAGUAGUUAAUUUACAUGUCUUUGUGAUGCGAGUCUGUUGUAGGGCUGAUAACUCACUUUUAAUGUUUGGCAUAUACAUUUUUUAUAUAUUUAUUGAAACCAAUCACACUUUUACACAAAUAUAUUUUAUUUGCUUUGCUUUUUAUUUAAUGUUCAUGUAUAUAUUAUGGUGUGUGUGGGGUUUUUUUUAAAGUUAAAUUCUUUCUGCAAGUUGUGUAUUGAUAGAAGUAUGUAAUUGUUGCUAAAACGUGGAGGUAACUGUUGCAUUCUUUGCUGUCAAGUCUCAUGAGUCCAUAUGUCCAUGUUUUUUUCCUGGUUACUCUUAAGAUAUUGGCUUUACCUACAAUGGUUAGAAUGGCAUUUGCUGCGAGACUGUUGGACGGCAUUCACCAUUUGACCUUUGUAACUGUUAGUAAAGUUCUUUGCUGUGAAAGAUCAUGUGUCUACCAGAAUGUUUUCUGUGUUAUUAAUCUAGAAUGACUUGUUACUGUCGUAAGACAUCAGCUUUAUUCUGCAAAAGUUAGAAUGAUGAACAAGAUGUGUACAUAAUUAAUGUACUCUGCUGAAUGUUAUUCACCAUUAGACUAAAGCAAGAUAAAGUUGAUAUCACAAGAUAAUAACCAGUUAUUUUAUUUAUUCUGCAAUCUGACUUUUACAGAAUAGUAGGUCUCAUGUAUUCAUUGGAUUGUCGCGGAGAAUAUCUAAACACUCAAACAAAAAUAGUUCUUAUUCAAGUAAUAUAUUUUAUAAUCCACUUGUUACUAUCAAGUUAUUUAUUAUAAUUGUUAUAUUUUAACAUCACAUAGUUUGUUUAUGUUGUAGAGUCAAAGGUCAACAUUCUUUUGCUGAUCAAACGUAGAGUCAAAUUAGUUCCGUCCAAAAAGCUAUAUUUUGGUUCAUUGAUCUGUCAAUGACCGAAAAUAUAGCAAUUUAUCUAGUCAUUAUUUCCUGCUAGUAUAUUUAUAAAGUGAUUGCAGGAUAAAUUCAGAGUAUUGUGCAUAUCAGCCCUAAAACUGGUUUAACCAUCAGACUUCCAUGUGUCAUUGGUGUAGCAUGGGCGGGGCCACUGGGGCGGUUGCCAUGGGCGCAAAAUUCUGGACUGGUGGAAGGGACUCUGGGAGUGCUAAUGGUCCACUGGUUAGCGGGCACAAUACUUGCCUUGGCGCUGGCAACCCACGCUACGCCACUGCCAUGUGUCAUGGCAUGGAUCUUAAUUAUACACUUAGUAUUCGUAUUUUUCACCAAGUUGUCACUCAUAAAUUAUGUACACACUAAGGAGACAAAGAGGAGGUUCAGCCAUUACCUAUGAAGAGAGUACAGGGGAGGGGGAGAGUGGUUCACUAACGUUCAUACAUGUAUGUCAAGUUAUUAAUUGUAUCCAAUGUACUUUUUAGUGUGAAAGAAGAUGAAUGCUUAUUAUGGUGAUGUGUGUAGUAAUGAUUAGACAUAAAAAAGAUAUACAUGGGGUGGUGGGGGUACAAAAUUCCAGACUCUGUGUGUACAUACUUCAUGGAUGGCACCUAUUAAUUUCUUAAUAUGCUUGUUUUUUCUCACAGAUGUCAGCGGAUAUUUUGAAAAAAAUUAAAUUUUUGUAAUGAAGUAGUAACUAUUGAGGCCAGUAUUAACUUUGUUGAGUGCUAAAGCUGAAAAAAGGUUACCAAUGGUCAGAAGGGUUAUGUUUAUUUUGCUAUAAACCUUCUGAUGACACCCCUAGUAAUAAAUAAGUGGGUUUUUUUAUUUUUUAUUAUUUUACACUAACCACUCAGUAAUUUGAUAAAAUCUUUGUCUGUCCAUUUGUUAUGUUAACUUUCGGUGUUAUUUUUGCUAGAAUUGUGAUGUAUAGUAAAGGAUGCUUAUAACGAACAGCAAGGGACCAGACACAUUGGUUCGUUAUAGCAGUAGUUUGUUAUACACAUUUGCGGAAGUUAGCCAUUUUCAUUCAAGAAGUCGGCCAUUUUGGAGUUUUCAAAUUUCAACACAAGAAUUAGUGGGGUUUUAAAAAAAUAUUUAAUAUCACCAAUAUCUGUGCAGUCGUUUUGGAUGCAUUGCCAUUAAUGCUACUGACUGAUAAGAUACAAAUAAGAUAAACAAAUUAUGAUCGGUUCACUGUAUAUACACCAAUUUACACUGAAAUUCACAAUAUUGACAAACAAAUUGGUUCUUUUUAACAGUUAAUUCACUAUGCAUAGUUUGUUCUAUAUAUUAAAAUGUAUUAAUACUAUAUAGGGGAAAAAACAAUCAGCUCGUUCUAACCAGUAGUUUGUUGUAAGCGUGUUCGUUCUAAAAAUACUUUAUGGUAUUUGUGUUGUCUUUAAAUAGUAUUGAGUUUUGUUUGCAUGGUCCCACUGUGAUAUUAUAGUAAGUGUAUUUUCCUACAAAAUUAUUGCUUACAUGUACUAGUAUAUGGAUUGUUACAUUUACUCUUUUUGUUUUUUUACUACAUUUACCGGGUUUCUAAGUUCCAUGUUAUUAAGUUAACUACCAAAACAUCUUACAAAAUUAAAUAACAUACAAGUGUUUAAAUAAAUAUUGUUAUUCAGA